AUGUCCAUUCUCUUCUAUCGCCGACCAAAUUAUGUGGCAAGACCGACAGGGCCGUUGAAUCAGGCGGAUUGUCAAAAGUAUGUCGAACGAACCAGGAAUAAUAAGAACGCAAUUCCCCCGGAGCUUUGCUUUGAGCGCAUCAUCUCCAAUAAAGCAAUGCCAGAGAAGCCAUGCUCGCUCGAAGACUUCAUGGAUUAUCUCAUUUACAUCGAGCACGACGCCGAAAACCUUCAAUUCUACCUCUGGCUUCAGGAUUAUACCAGAAGAUUCAACGCAACAAAGGUAGCCGAAAAAGUCCUGUCUCCAGAAUGGAAGUCAAAUGAGCUCCCGCUUCCGCCGAGCAAUACCAGCGAUGCAGGAGCCAUGCGCCCUGACCACUCGGCUUUCCUUGAACUGACAGAUAUUCCCCGUACAUCGAAGGUGUCAAUAGCAGAUCAUCAAUCAAUUGUUUCUUCCACCAUAUUUACAGUCAAAAGUCACUCGGAGCAGGCUUUAGGAGCUCACUCUCAAACUGGGUUGAAGUGGGAGCCUUUCACCGUGCAGCCUUUUCGAGCUGAGAUAGGCAAGGUCAUCUCUCAUUACCUUGCUCCAGGUUCUCCUAGGGAAUUGAAUCUUUCCCACCGAGACCGCAAUGCAAUACUUCAUGCCCUUCAACAUACUACGCAUCCGUCGGCGUUUACGAUUGUCGCAAACAUUGUCGAGCUGACAUUGCGCGGUCAAUCUCACCCGAACUUCAUCCGCUGGUCCAUUUGUAAUGGCAAUAAACCUCGCGUCAUCUUUGUUCGUACCGUUGGAAUAUCCAAUGUACUGCUGGGAUUUCUCAUUGCUGGAUCACUCUCACUGUCACGUCUUUCACGCUGGUAUCGCUUGUGUGCUUCCCUGGCCUGGUUCGUGGGCUUUAGCAUUCUUAUUGCCGCUUACAAGGGCCUCUGUGUGAUCAUGCACAAGGCCCGAGUGCGCAAUCUGAAGCCUUGGGAACAGGAUGAAGAGGACUCGACUUAUCCGCACGACCAAGCGCUCAGUAUUUCGGACCUCGAGCGUCCAGAAACAAUGAAAUCUCGCCGAGCGCGAUCGAUGGAUUCAUUCGGAACCACGAAUACAUUUUCCGACGACAGUUGGGUGUCCAAAUAUAAACAUAAGUCACUCUUCCGCAAGGUGUUUGACCGAACUGUGUGGAUGCAAGACGAUGCCUUGCGCUUGCUCCAGGAGAAAAUUGUUCUACAGAGCAACUUAUGGGCAUUGAUAGUAACCUUGCCACUUACGGCCCUUUUUGUCGCACUACCUGCUGGUGGACUUUUUUAAGGUUUCUGAGAUUGCUUCUUCUUAUCUUGCUUGGAUUCUCCGUCACAUUGUUUGGGCUAAGAUUUUGUUAUCCGUAUUUCGCCAUCUGAUUUCGUGCCAAAUUAGGUCGUCGCGUCCGAAGGCUGGAACUGGAUGACGCUUGCCAAUUGCUCUUAUAUGAAAGCUAUCUCAAUAAUAUGGUGGAUGAGCAAUUAUUUUGUCUUACGGUGAAGCUCAAGCUGAACGCUGCUUUAUGGAUCAACGGGGUACGAUGACACUGUGUAGCAAGACUGUUUUGCAGAUUAUGACCAG